CACUUUUUUUCUUGUUGUAGAAAAAAGAGAACUGCAAGGUCCGACAAAAAGUUCCGAACCAUGAUAUAGAAAAACGGAUGUAACAUGUGUUAAUAUUAAUAAAACGUUUCAAUUCAGUAUCAGAUAUAACUAAUAACACUAAUGCUUCAUAUACCUAAUAGGUUUUACUAAAAAUGGAGGUACUGGGGCAAUGCAGCACUACCAAGGCAAGGUUUGGGAAACUUUCUCUUCCCCAUCAAGUUGUAGACACCCCUGUGUUUAUGCCAGUUGGUACACAGGGUACAUUAAAGGGACUUAUACCAGAACAACUAGAAAACAUAGGGAUACAAAUAAUCUUAGGAAAUACAUACCACCUUGGGCAUCAACCUGGGGAAGAAAUAUUGAAACAAGCUGGGGGGUUGCAUCAAUUUAUGGGCUGGAGGCGAGCCCUACUGACCGACAGUGGUGGGUUCCAAAUGGUGUCUUUAAUUAAACUAUCUGAACUAUCAGAGGAAGGGGUAAAGUUUGUACAUCCUCGCGAUGGUGCGGAAAUGUUGUUAACGCCAGAGAAAUCUAUGGCGAUACAAAACGCGAUCGGUGCCGAUAUAAUGAUGCAGCUUGAUGAUGUUGUGACAAGCACUGAGACAAACCAAGAGAGAUUUAAAGAAGCAACAGCGCGAUCUGUAAGGUGGCUAGAUAGAUGUAUAUCCGCGCAUAAACGAACCGAUCAAUUCCUUUUCCCGAUUAUUCAAGGGGGUUUGGACGAAGAAUUAAGAAAGCAAUGUCUGCAUGAGAUGACUGCGCGACCGGUGCCCGGAUUCGCUGUUGGUGGGUUGAGUGGGGGAGAAUGUAAAGAUGAUUUUUGGAAGAUGGUUACUGUCAGUACUGAUGGAUUACCUAAAGAUAAACCAAGAUACUUAAUGGGCGUUGGUUAUGCUGCUGAUCUUAUAAUGUGCGUCGCACUUGGUUGUGACAUGUUUGACUGUGUAUUUCCAACUAGAACUGCUAGAUUUGGGUCUGCUUUGGUUCCUACUGGACAAUUACAAUUAAAAAACGUAUCAUACGCCACAGAUAUGUCACCAAUUCAAAAUGAUUGUACAUGUACAACAUGUAGAACUUACACAAGGGCUUAUCUUCACUUAUUAUUCCGGACGAGCCACCCUAGUGCUUGCCAUAUGGUCACAGUGCACAACUUAAUGUACCAAUUUACACUGAUGCGUAAAAUAAGAGAAGCAAUAUCUGAGGACAAAUUCCCUGAGUUUAUAAAAACAUCGUACUUACAAUUAUUUGGUAACCCAUCAAAAUAUCCGAGCUGGGCAGUGGACGCGUUUGCCUCAGUUGGUGUCAAUUUAAAAUAAACUUCUAUCUUUUCCAACUUCACAUUUGGUUUGUUAUGGGUGCCUUAGAUUCUCUUUUAUUUAAACUGCUGCAUCAGAAUUCUAUUCAACACGAGGGGAUUGUUACAUUGUAGUUCUGCAAUAUUGUAUCUUCAUUUAUUUCUUGCUAGUUAAAAGUAUCCAAAUUUUUCUUAUAUUUAAACUGCCAAUUCGUGAUACAUUAAAUUGCUGUGUGGAUUUCUAUGUCUCUCUCUUGCUGCUAUUUUCACUCAGUUUCCCAAUACAUUGAUACCAGUAAUUUAAAGACAGCCUUUCA